UAACUGGCUGUCAAUACGGUGAAACUAAAAACGUGUUUUUAGUACCAUGCUGUAUGAUGUCAUAACCUCAAAAAGUUAUGUAGUUAUUAACAUUCUCAAACAAAAUAAUUAUAAUAAAUAAUUUAUUAUUAGCUGUAACUAUGGGCUCUAUUCGUAACAAAAAAGAUAAAACCAAAAACAAACUCAGAAAAACCAGGAAAGAAACACGUAAAGAAAAGAGGCAACAGAAAAAAGUUAAUAGAAAUGUGUAUUAUUCUAACAAAAAUAAAAAAAAUCAGGACCCAACAACUAUAAAAAAUAAUGUGCCCAAGAAUCCAACAAGGGAAAACGAUGACAAAAAACAGAAGAAGGGAAAUUCGGAUAUUAAGAAGUCCACUAAAUCUACGAAGAAACAAUCUUUAUUUGUAAACGAUGUCAUUAGAGACAUUAACAAAGAGAAAAGUUAUCAUAAAAGUCUAGAAAAUGAGAUGAUGAAGAACAGAAAAAAGCAGUUGCAAGAAGCUAAUGAACUAGAAGAUCAAAGUAUCAAGAAACUUGAAAAGCAAUUAAACUUGAAACAUAAACAAAAAAUACCUAAAUCAUUUGCUGAAGAUGGUCUUGAUUAUGUUUUAGAAUUAUGUGAUUCAAAUGUAUUGGCCCAGAAAGCAAAAACUGAGAAACAGUUAGUAAAUCUUCAAAACUUUGAUGAAUUAGACGAUGACAACUUUCUUCAGAGCGAUGAAGAAUCAUCAAUAAGCAACAAUUCAAGUACUGGAUUUAAUAGUGAAAAUGACAAAGAUUCUGAAUUUGAGAACCAAGAUGAAAAUUCUGGACUUGACGAUAGUGAAAAUCAAUCUGAUGUAUAUUCUAUGGACUCGGAAGAUGACUGUGAAGAGUCUAAGAAUGAAAGUACAUUAGAGUAUAAUCUUAGUGCUUUGGAAUCAAAUGAUAGUGAAAAUAGUUUUUCAGAUGAUGAAAUGGCUGUUUCUGGAAAGUGCAUUCAAAAGAAAUCAAAAAGAUCACAAAAAUUGUUGAGGGAAGCACAUGUAUCUGAAAAUUCAGGCGAUUCUGACAGCAAUAGCAGCAUGAAUGAGCAAAACGAUUUUAAGGAAGAUAUUUAUGGGAGGAAAAGAGAUAAGCAAGGAAAUAUUGUGCAGGAAAACACAAAAUAUAUACCACCACAAGUUAGAGCUCGUAUGUUGUCAGGAGAACAAUCAGAGAAGUUGCAACGGUUGAAACGACAAAUUAAAGGGCUAUUGAAUAAGCUAACAGAGCAAAAUAUUCAUAGUAUUUCAUCAGAAAUAGAAAAUGUUUACCGAUCUAACAGCCAUCAUGACACAAAUGACACAUUAGCAAACCUUUCCCUCGAGUUCUUAGUAAACGUGAAUUCUGUGCCUGACAUAAUGAUAGCGCAUCAUGCAAUGCUGAUUUCAGUAUUACAUGCUAAUGUGGGAUCAGACAUAGGGGCUUACUACUUGCAAAAUGCUGUUAAGCAAUUUAAUACCUUAUUAUCAGAAGAACUUCCAAUUGAGAAUAAAAAAACAGAAAAUAUAACAGCAGUAUUAAGUCAUUUAUAUAAUUUUAAGAUAUUCUCUAGUCUUUUGCUCUUAGACAUUCUGAAACUGCUAUCAGAGGAUCUUAAUGAAAAAAGAUUGGAUUGUAUACUUAUUAUCCUAAGAGUUUGUGGAUUUUUGCUACGUAAAGAAAAUCCCGGAGAUCUUAAAGAACUAAUUUUGAAACUACAAGCUGCUGCUAAUAAAGCUAUUUCAAACUCAGGAAAUAAUUCUCGAGUAAAAUUUUUGGUUGAUGUAUUAUUAGCAAUAAAGAAUAAUAAUGUGUCAAAAAUUCCAUCAUACGAUCCCACUCUAUUCAGUAAUUUGAUAAAAGUGGUUAGAAACUAUUAUAGGAAAGGAAAUUACGUAACUACAUUGAAUGUUAGCCUGCAGGACAUGAUAAAUGCUGAUGUACAUGGUAGGUGGUGGUCUGUUGGAUCGGCUUGGUCUGGAAGUGGCAAAAACAAUACUCAGAACUCUGAUAAUACCAGUAGUAGUAAUAAUGCCUAUAGUGAAAAGUUACUUGAACUAGCUAGAAAACAAGGGAUGAAUACUGAAAUUAGGAAAAAUAUAUUUUGUGCCAUAAUGAGCGGCGAGGAUUAUUUAAAUGCAUUUGAAAAAGUAUUACAUUUAGGAUUGAAAGGUUCUCAAGAACAGGAACUGGUUCAUGUUCUUCUAAGUUGCUGUUUGCAAGAAAAGAAAUACAAUCCUUACUAUUCUUUAUUGGCACAAAAAUUUUGUGAUUUAGAUAGGAAAUACCGAAUAUCAUUUCAAUACAGUUUAUGGGAUAAAAUUAGAGAUCUUAGCACAUUAACAAACGAUCAAAUAAGUCACUUAGGAAAAUUUAUGAUACAUUUGCUGAUUGAAAAUGGACUCUCCUUGUGUGUUCUUAAGAUAAUAGAUUUUAGUGAACUGCAAGCAAGAGAGUUAAGACUGAUACGACAAAUAUUAUUUGGAAUUUUAUUGAAUCCAUCAGAAGCUAUUAUUAAACACAUAUUUGAAAGGAUUCUUAAAUCACCUAAGCUGAAAAUGUUUCGAGAAAGUUUGCGAUUAUUUCUACAUCAUUUUCUGGUAGCAGAUAAGACAUCUGGACGAUUAGAUGAAAAAUCUAAAGAAUUAUUAAAGCAGAGAGCAAAAAUGGUAGAUCAGAUACUAAUCACAGGAGAAUCUAGACUAGCAUUUUGA